AUGGAGGACGUCCGUGUGCCGUGCAGAAGCACAUCGGAACAUCUUGAGGACACCUUGGGCGCCACGGAGGACGUCCGUGUGCCGCGCAGAUGCAUAUUGGAACAUCCUGAGGCCACCCUGGGCGCCAUAGAGGACGUCUCAGGAGGAGCCGUGGAUCCCUGUCCCCUGUCGGGGGCCCGAGCCGCGGCAGGCGGAGAGGCUUGGGCCAUGGCGCCCAAGAAGCGGCCUGCGGCUGCAGCGCGGCGUGGCUCGGCCGCGCUGCGCCGCCCAGCCUCGCUGGCGCCGAGGGCGGCCGAGGCCGCUCCUGCGGCCACCCGCCACCGCGCCCCGACGGCGGCGUCACCAAGCCGAAAGGCGGCAGGGGCGGAGGGGGCCGCGGAGGCAGCCGAGGCGGACGGCGGGUCCGCGCUGCGGCGCCCCCGCUCGGGUGGACGUGGGUCGCGCAAGGGCGAGCGCCUCGCACUUGGCGACCGAACGGCCGUUGGCCUUGAUGACGACGACGACAUCGCAGCCGACUCACGUCACGAAGCGGGCCGCCCAGCUGGUGAGUGGUACCAGGGCGAGACCUGGCCGACGGCUGCCACGUCGGGCCCGAGGAAGGGCCAGCCGCCGAUCAUCGAGGUCGAGAUGGACGGGCUGGCGACGUUCAAGGUGCUCGGACAGGCACCGCAGGACGACGGCACGGUUCCCGACCCGAUGCACGGCGAGCCCCCGCCUCUGUGGGAGGCCGCCUACACGGGCGCGGAGAAGCCCGCCCAGCGGAGGGAGCUCGCCGUGGCGUUCGACGAUACGGUGAGGACUCCAGUGCUGCACUUCUGCUCGGUGGAGGUUCAUGCCGACGAGUGCCGCCUGGGCGAGGACCUGGUCGACGCGCAGGUGCUGCACGUGGGUCGCUGGCGCUGCGCCGCGCCGCCGCUCCGCGGCUACGCAGGCGAGGAGCUCACGCGCGACCAGGAGGACCGGGCCAUCGCGGACGCCAGGCGCGUGCAGGGCAGGCCAGCGAAGCGGAGCUCGCCCCCUGGGCCACCCCCUGGUCAUCGGGGAGAGCGCGGGACGGGCGCCGACGGCUCCAAGUCGGACGCCCGCCGCGAGGGGCCUGGAGGUGGCGCGUCGGCUCACGCCCGCGAUCGAGGGGUGAGCGCGCGGCUGGGUGAGCUGCGCGAGCGUGCUGCCCAGCGCGGCCGCCCCGCAGGCAGGAGCGGGGGGCUGCGGUCUGCGCCGGCGAGGAUCCGCUCCAACAGUCCCGAGGACGAGGGGGGGCGAGGAGCCCUGGUCGAGGCAAAGAGCGCUGAGAGGAGCCACUCGCCUCGCUGGGAGAAGGCCCGCGACGGAGCGCCCAGCGCACCUGCCGAGGGCCGCGCCAGCCUCAGCAGCAAGAUCCUGGACAAGGCCAAGUCGAGAGGCACCAGCUCUCAGCGCGGCAGCUCUGCAGGCGGAGGUGGAAGCUCUCGCGGCUCGCCCCCACGCAAGGCGAAGCGCGAGAAGCAGAAGCGCCGCGAGGAGUCUGACGGCAGUGCGUCGAGCGAGGGGUCGUCGUCGAAGCGUUUUCACGACGCCCGCCUCUCCGCGCGCGACAAGGCCAAGCGCCUUGUGGAGAGGAAGCCGGGCGUUAUCACGGAGCGCGCCUUGACGAAGAUGCGCAGCUACCUCGUCAGCAAGGGGCGCGCGGUCGUGGACGACGCGGCGCCGCGCGUGCUGAACUACUUCACCAGCGUGUACCUGCCGAGCUGCCAGGGCAGGCUUCGCGCUCGCAGCGAGCUCGAGAUGCGCACACUGGCAACAGCGGUCGACGCAGCGGCUCGGCAUGCCUCGGUGGUCGGCGACGGUCGCGUCAGCAUCACGGACGAUCGCGAGCGCGAAGCCUUCCUCAGGAACGAGAAGAGGGACAUGCACUACCGCAAGCUGGAGGGCCAGGUCUGGCUCGAGCUGGUCAUGCGAGCGCUCAACGCCAUGUGGUCGGCACGGCGCUCUUGCUGGCCAGGCGACGCAUCCAGCGGAGUCAAGAGGAAAGGCGCGAAGCCGAGUGGCACCCAGGUCCAAAUGUUCUGGAACCUGGAGAGGACAGUCGAGUCUUUCCUGGCAGCAGGCCCGGAGUUGCCAGAGCAGACCGCCGCCACUUUCCUGACGUCCAGGCAGGUCACCUACACCGGAGAGGUCGUCAGGAAGGCAGAGGACCUCUCAUGGUCCCGAGUGCUGCCGAGCUUGCCGCCGCUUGUGCGAUGUGCAUCGCUGGGCGUCAUGUGCCUGUGCGACACCAGGAUGCAGGAGUGGUUCAGUCGCCCCGAGCUCACGUUGGUGCCGCUGGAGUCAGUCAGCGAGAGACCACGCCCAGGCCGGGUGAUGUGCGAGCCGCCGUCGCGCAUUCCCCUAGGGAGAGGUCUUCUCGAACGUGGGCUGGUGGUGCCGCUUCGAGAGCAGGACCUCAUCGCAGUGGCGGGGCAGCCCCUUCUGAACGGGCUUUUCGGGGUCCCGAAGGGAGAGCCCUCGCCGAAUGGUGACCCUGGGACCUUGAGGCUCAUCAUGAACUUGACGGCGACCAACUCCUUCACGGUCGACUUCGCGGGGGACAUUGCGGCGCUUCCCUACUUCGCACAGUGGCGCUCGCUCAUCAUCGGCCCAGGUGAGGAGCUCACGUGGUCUUUCGACGACCUCAAGGGCGCCUUCUACCUGUUCAGGCUCCCAAAGUGCUGGGCGCCGCUGUUCGCGUUCGACGUCAAGUUCGCGCCUCAGGAGCUCGGGCUGCAGGGGCACUGGCCGAGCAGCGAACCCCGCUGGGUGGUCACGAUGCCCAUGGGGUACAAGAGCGCGAUGGGGCUCGUCCAGUACCUGCACCGCCGCAUGCUGGUGCAGGGCCUGCAGUCCCCCCUCGGCCAUCCGCAGCCGAGGGAGAUCCGCAAGGACCGCGGAGUGCCAGCCUUGCGAGUUGGGGGAGGCAUGCGCGAUGUCUGGCAGGUGUAUUGCGACGACGCCGACUACGCGGAGAAGGUCGAGCGGCGCGCGUGCGAGCCCCACUCCGCCGAGGGGGGUCAAGUUGAGGAGAGCGGUGACGAUGGGCGCUUCGCCCAGGCGGCUCGCGCCAAACACCGCGCCCUCGAUGCCCCUCUCAGCGAGAAGAACGGCAGAGUCAGCCACUGCCAGCGCCUGGGCGCCUGUGUUGAUGGCCGUGACGGGAGAGUCGUUGUCCCCGCGGCUAGAGCAGGGCUGGCGGUGCAGCUGACGCUGCACCUUCUGUGCUCCAAGGUCAGCAGGAAGGACGCGCAGGUGGUGGCAGGGCACUGGUGCCACCUCGACUGCUUCCGUCGGGAGUGCCCCUGCGUCUUCACGCGCGUCUGGAAGCUGAUCAACGCCUGGACGGGGCCGCCUCGGCAGCAUCUGUCUCCAGCUGUGAGCGCGGAGUUCUUCCUGGCGCUCUGCCUCCUCCCGUUGCAUCAGUUCGAUCUGAGAUGCCCAGUCUCCCCGAUGGUCACCUGCAGUGGCGCCUCGGAGACCGGUGGGGGCGCGUGCUGGAGCAACAAGCUUCGCCCGUCAGCCGUCGCCCCGUCGCUGGCCGACCUCUGCCAGGGUCGCGCAGCCGGGAGAGACGAGGUCGGACUGGUGGAGCUCUUCAGCGGCAUCGAGGGCGGCAGGAUGGCCUUCGACCGCCUGGGGAUUGAGGUCGCCGCCCACGCCACCGCAGAGCUGCUGCCCGAGGUAUUCACCCUGGGCGAGAACGUCAGCUCGAUGACGGCCGCCGACAGGGGAAGAUUCAGCCAGGUCAUGGGAGUCGUGCCCGUGGAGCUCUGUGCCAGCGGGCGCAGUCCGGUCAAGCGGCCGAGGCUCUACUGGGUCGACUGGCCGCUCGGGCCCGAGACCUCAGAGUUCCAGCGCCAGCAGAAGGACGAGGUCAUCGAGGCAGUGCUCACUGGCAGCUGGCCGAGUUGGGCAGAGCAGCUCGAGCAGGGUGCGCGCCGUCCGCGGGGAGAGAAGGGAGCUUGGGCCACUUUUGUGCGCUCCAUCCCUCGCGAGAGGCCGCCACCUUCCCCAGCGGGGCUGGGGGUGACCGACCAGGCUGCGCGCGAGCGCUGGGCGGCGGACAAGUACCGUUACCCGCCGUGCCAGUACCGCAGGGACAACCUGGUCGAGGCAUCCGCCGCUUCGGCGAGGACUUGGGAGUCGGGCGCCAAGCGCAAGCUCCGACCUCUGACCAGCAGAGAGCGGGCUGUGCGCCUCGGGUUUCCCUGGAACCAUUGCUGCUGGGCCGUGCCCAAGUCCGAGUCGGGGACGAUCGACGAGGACGUCAAGUGCUCGCUGCUGGGUAACUCCUUCUCAGCCCCGGUGGUAGCCUUCCUGCUUGGAAGAGGUUUGGUGGCCGCUGGAGUCUUGAGCGAGCCGCCGACUGUCGCCGAGUGCUGGGGAGCCCCAGGUGGGGAGGGAAGCCUCUACCUGGAGUUGCUGCUGGCCAUCUUCAAGGGCAGCGACGUGCGCGCCGCGACGGGAGGCCUUUGGAAGUCUGCGGGUUGGCCAAGGAGAGGCGUUGAUGCAGACCGCUGGCUCUUGCGCACGUGCCUGAGCUUCAAGCAGGGAGGCGCGCACAUCAACGUCUUGGAGCUGCAAGCCCUCUUGACCGCCGUGUCUUGGCGCAUGAGGAGCCGUGCGAACAUGCGCACGAGGUUUAUUCAUUUCUGUGACUUUCAGGUUUCCAUAGCAGUGGCCUGCAAGGGUAGGUCGCAGUCCCGCCAGCUUCAGUCCAUCCUCAUGCGCUUGAACGCGCUCCUGCUAGCCACGUCCAGCCACCCAUUUUGGGUCUUUGUUCGGUCGGAGCUCAAUCCGGCGCUGGCGAUGGCAGGCUUUGCACUAGAGGAAGGAGACAAAGCGACAGCUGCGGCAGUACUAGUGUGCUUCAACGGCAUCCUUCGCCCCGUCGAGUGCAUGCUGACAGCUGGGCAAUGCACCUUUGACCUGGACCGUGGCGCGGUGCACCUCAACCUCGGUUUCACUAAUGGGGGUAAGAGGUCAGGCACCGCCGAGCGCGUCACCAUCGACGAGCUCGAGGCUGUUGUGCUCCUUGCCGAGCUCUUGCAAGGACGCCCAGCUGGCGCCCAGCUGUACCCCCGUGGCACGGGCGGCUUCCGCCGUGCCUUCAGGAGACUGGUCCAGUCCAUUGGGGCCGACCCUGAUAGGUACAAGUCGCACUCGCUGCGCCGGGGCGGGGCCACCCACCAUUUCAAGAUCCUGGGAAGUCUCUCCAAGACAUGUAUUCGCGGCCGUUGGAGGCACCAGCCCACGGCUCGCAUUUACAUCCAGGAUGGCGCGGCCAUGCUGGAGCGCCACGGCCUCAGCGCGAAGGAGCGACGGUUGAUA